AUGGCACAUGCGUAUUACAGUUAAUUGGGGGAACCUAUAUCUUUCUCUCUCUCGCACAGAUGUUAACUUCAGCUCGGUAUACGGAUGGUAUAGAGCAUGAUGUAAGAAGACAUGUUUUCAUGUAAUUCGAUGUAAGAAGACAUGGAGGUAUAGAGUAGACAAUUCUCCUUCCAUUCUAGUAGUAUAUGUUCUAAGGUGUAGUUACAUGUACAUGUGUAUAUUACUGGUCCGUGAUCGUUGUAUGACGCACGCUUACCGCUUACGUUGAUAUUUAUCUCUUGCAAUAAAUGCGGUGUUAACUCACCGCGCCGAGAAAUCUGACAACCGAUCGAUCUAUUUCCUCGUUCCCGAUCACGCGACCGUGCGAGAUGCGUCAGGCACGCGAGACGCGAGGAGGCCGGCUCGCGGCGAGCGUGCGAAAGCGCGACUCACAAAGUGCGCUCGCGAGACCGGUGCGGCAGGACCUUCCCCGCGAAGGAGGAUCAUCGGAGAUCGAUCCCAAGAUCGCAGAAGGCAGUGAAGGCACGACGAUCAAGACUCUCGCGGCAGCCCGAUCGGGGGAGAUGGAGAAGGUUAAGGACGAGCUGAAGGCGAUGCUUCCGAUGUUAAAACCUUCAGAAGUGAGAAGGUUGCUUUUUUUUAUAAAUAAAAGAAGUAUCCUCUAUUUUUUUCCCUCAAUCGCAAACGUAUUGAUUGAUAUCGAUUUGAAUCCGAAUAGAUUUCAUUUGCCAUUUCACGAAGCGAUCAUUCACCAGCUCGAGGAAAGCAAUUACGAGGAAUCGGUUCGUUAUUUGAGAGAAUUAUUUGAGCUCGACGAGGAGACUCGUAGGGAGGCUGGUCCUGGCACCUUAACGUGGAAGAAGCCGCGCUUAAAGGACCGCAGGGACGCGAUAUUGCGCCUGAGGGAUGGUUUGAUCGCCGUCGAGCAAGCCAAAAAUAUCGGUGCAAAAUCGAAAUCUUUAAUAAGAUUUUUAAAUAGAAUCUCUAAACGUCACGUUUAUUAUUCGCUAGAGCGAAAACAAUUGUUCCCCACGGAAGUAGAAGACAACUUUUCCAUGGUCGCGGGAUUUCUGAGCAUGGCGUUGUUCUUUCAAGCGAUGACUUGGGAGUGGUGGUGGGUGGCGGAACGGCUCUACCGUAGCGCUCUGGAGAAGGCUGAAUUAGUCGAGGAUGACGGCCGGCAGGCGAGCAGCACCCUCGCACGUUACCUGUACGGCCGAUUUCUGUUCGAGCGAAUACAGGACACGGCGGAAUCGUUGUAUCACUUGGAGAUCGCGCGUGAAGCGUCCCAGAAGAAACCGUGGAACGCGUCGAAGAUGACCGGUCGACAAGAGGAGACUAUCUUUCGUGAAUGCAACGUGCUUCUGUACAAAGCACUGCUGAUGUACGCGCAACAGGUCGGCCCCGAGCGACCGGACGUCGCCGUGACAGCGUACACCGAAGCUCUCGCACGAGCAACGGACUCUGGACAUUACGAACACAUGGCGAACGUUUUGUACGAGCUGGGGAUGAGUCACUUACGGUCGGGCGACGUGAAACUCGCCUUCCAGAACUUCUCCAAGUUCCUGGCGAUGACCAAGAGGAUCUCGGACCCGGAGGGGAUCUGCAACGCGCACAUGGCGAUGGCACUUGUGUACAAGUUACGUGUAUAACUUAUACUACUCUUCGCGUGUCAAGGUAGAAGGUCGAACAGCACGUGGCAAGGAAAAUAUAAAAGACAAUUUCGAAUCUCCCAUCCCGAUCUUUAUCAUUGCACACUUAUCGUGCGAUCUUGCUCUCGAAAGAGAACGUCAAUUUUUAACGCGGUUCUUACGAAGGGCGAUUCACGUUUGCAGGAAAUGAACGACGACGUGAACACGGAGAAGCACCUUCGCCUAUUCAUGGUAAAUGCAACCGAGUGCGGACUCACGAGAAAACUCGCACAGGCACACUUCUGCACCGGCGAGCAUUUUUUAAGCAAGAGGAGGCCAGAUAUUGCGACCCUUCACUUGGAAAAGUCCUUCAAGCUGUAUAGCGAACUCGGUUUGUGCAACGACGCUGAUAAAGCGCGUGCCCUCGCCGGAGUCUCGAAAGGACAAGAAAUCAUCGAUCAAUACGUUCAUCUUAUACACCAGUGCGGAGCCGCCGAUCCGGGAGCAAUGACGGCGCUUUGUCAAUGGAAAAAUCGUAGAAGCGUUUUUUGGACUGAAAAAGAAGAGAAGAAGCUACACGCCGGUAAAAGACAGUAUUCAUCGAUCAAUCAAAACAUUUUUUUUUUAUGGUUAAAAGUGAACUCCUACAAAAGAGUCUACCUCUCGCAAUUCUUAAGCGUCUUGAUUAUCGCAUUCCGAUUUACAUUACAAAUAACAAUGCGGUAUUAUCAUUUCAGACGCUUCGACGGAGUUUCUUGACCUCGAAAACAAAGAGGUGACGUCUCGGUCGCAAUUAACUCUAACUGAUACCACAAACAACACGCCG